GCCUUCAGGUGCUUGGAAUGUGGGAAGAGCUUCAGGAAGAGCUCCAACCUCCUCACCCACCAGCGCAUCCACACUGGGGAACGGCCAUACCCAUGUCAGGAAUGUGGGAAGAGUUUCAGGGACAGCUCCACCUUUAUCCGACACCAGCACAUCCACACUGGGGAACGUCCCUACACAUGUCGGGAAUGUGGGAAGAGCUUCAGGUACAGCUCCAACCUCCUCACCCACCAGCGUAUCCACACCAGAAAACGGCCUUACAAGUGCUUGGAAUGUGGGAAGAGCUUCAACCUGAGCUCUAACCUCCUCACCCACCAGCACAUCCACACUGGGGAAUGUCCCUACUCAUGUAGCAAUUGUGGGAAGAGUUUCAGUAACAGCUCCUCCCUGAUCAAACACCAGCGCAUCCACACUGGGGAACGGCCAUACCCAUGUCAGGAAUGUGGGAAGAGUUUCAGGGACAGCUCCACCUUGAUCCGACACCAGCACAUCCACACUGGGGCACGGCCCUACACGUGUCGGGAAUGUGGGAAGAGCUUCAGGUACAGCUCCAACCUCCGCACCCACCAGGGCAUCCACACGGAUGAGAGGCCCUUCCGCUGCACCGACUGCGGGAAGGACUUCAAGCAGAACGGCAACCUCAUCAGACACCGGCGCAUCCACACGGGGGAGAGGCCCUACAAGUGUGAGGAGUGUGGGAAGAGCUUCACUGACAGGUCUGGCUUGACCAAACACCAACGGACCCACCAGUAACUGAAGCCCUACCAGUGCCCCAACUGCAGGAAGAGCUUUGGCCGCUGCUUCCACCCCGAAUGAAGCCCCUGAUG